UCUCCCAAGGGUCCAUCGACCCACUCGAUCAGCCUUAUAUAUCACAUUAUUAAUCAUCGCAUCAACACUCUUAACUCCGGCUUGAUGCACUUCACUCACUUCCGCCCUUGUUGUUCUUCGCCCAAAAUUCCUAGAUUUCUUUAGAUUCUCUUAUCUCACAUGUUCCUCUCUUCUCAGUAACAUUCUCAACAAUUUCAACGUUUGGUGUGAUCGGUACGUUGUGGGUGCGGAUUGCAUCCUCUGAUCCAAGAGACUGAGAAUACAACUUGGUCUCUUGGGAGUUGGGUUUGUCCAUAUGAAGCCCGCUACCACCAACAUGGCUCAGCCGCAGAGUAAUUGGGAGGCUGAUAAAAUGCUUGAUGUUUACAUCCAUGAUUAUUUUGUAAAGAGAAAAUUACAUAACACUGCAAAAGCUUUUAUGACAGAAGGCAAAGUUUCCACCGAUCCUGUAGCAAUUGACGCUCCUGGAGGAUUUCUGUACGAGUGGUGGUCUGUCUUUUGGGAUGUCUUCAUCUCAAGGACAAACGAGAAACAUUCUGAGGCUGCUGCAGCUUACAUUGAGACCCAGCAAAUGAAGGCUAGAGAACAACAACUUCAGAUGCAACAAUUGCAACUUAUGCAGCAGCGCGGUGCACAGCUGCAACGACGGGAUCCUAAUCAUCCUCCUCUAGGUGGUUCCUUAAAUGCCAUGAACUCUGAAGGAAUGUUGGGGCAGCAACCAACAAAUGUGUUGGCCAUGAAAAUGUAUGAAGACCGAAUGAAACACUCUCAUUCAAUGGAGUCAGAGGCAUCUCCAACACUUAUCGAUGCAAAUAGGAUGGCCCUUCUUAAAUCUGGAACAAGUCAUCAAGGUCAGUUGGUCCAUGGUAAUUCAGGAAAUAUGUCUACUGCAUUGCAGCAACUUCAGGCCCGGACUCCUUUGACAACUGACAUCAAAGGAGAAGUCAAUUUAGGUGCCACUCCCAAGAGUUUGCCUAUGGAUAACUCCGUGUACAGACAAGCAAUUUUACAAUCAAAAUCCGGGCUAGGCGGCACAGGGUUAAAUCCAGGGGUUACAAGUCUUCCACUAAAGGGGUGGCCCUUAACUGGUAUUGAUCAACUAAGACCUGGUGGCUUGGGCGUACAAGUUCAGAAGCCUAAUUUGACAACUCAAAGCCAAUUUCUUUUGGCAUCACAACAGCAGCAAGUCUUAGCACAAUCUCAGGCACAAAACAACCUUGGAAGUUCUAAUAGUCAAGGUGAUAUGGAUCCACAUAGACUUUCUACUGUCCCUCGAGGUGGCUUAAGUGCAAAAGAUGGUCAAUCUACCAGCUCCCAAGUGCAGUCAGGUUCACCUAAGCAGCAGCAGCAACUGCAGCAGAACAACCGAAAAAGGAAACAACAUUCUUCUUCUGGACCCGGCAAUAGCACUGGUACUGGAAACACAGUAGGUCCUUCACCUAAUUCACCACCAUCAACUCACACACCUGGUGAUGGAAUAAAUACAGCAAGCAGCAUGCAGCAUGUUAACAGUAUGCCAAAGAGUAUGAUGAUGUAUGGUACAGAAGCAACGGGUGGCCUUGCAUCGUCUUCUAAUUUGCUUCCGGGAGAAGCUAUUUUGUCCAAUUGUCCUUUGUAUCAUCAUCAUCAUCAUCAUCAUUUCAUAAAGCAGGAGGAUAUGGACCGAUUUGGAGAUGUUGGUACUUUAGAGGAUAAUGUGGAAUCCUUUCUAUCAAAUGAUGGAGGAGAUGAAGGUAGUCUCUAUGGAAGUAUAAAACAAAAUCCGGCUGAGCAACAAAAGGAACCAUCAAAAGGUUUCACCUUUGCUGAAUUUGGUUGCAUACGAACAAGGAACAGCAAAGUUACUUGCUGUCAUUUUUCAUCUGAUGGAAAAUUGCUUGCCAGUGCUGGACAUGACAACAAGGUUGUCCUUUGGAACAUGGACACUUUACAGACAGAGAGCACUCCAGAAGAACACAAGUUGGUUAUUUCAGAUGUCCGUUUUAGACCAAAUUCAUCUCAGUUGGCAACAGCCUCAAUCGAUAAAUCUGUGCGGUUAUGGGAUGCAGCCAAUCCAAGCUAUUGUGUGCAAGAAUACGGUGGGCACAGUGCAGCAAUUAUGUCUCUUGAUUUCCACCCAAAGAAGACUGAUAUGUUCUGCUUUUGUGAUAGUGAAAAUGCAAUUCGGUACUAUGAUAUUACUUCAUCCUCCUGCACACAUGUAUUGAAGGGUGGAAAUGCUCAAGUGCGGUUUCAGCCUAGAGUGGGGCAAGUACUAGCAGCAGCUUCUGACAAAGUAGUGUCAAUUUUUGAUGUUGAAACCGACAGACAAAUUUAUUCACUUCAGGGACACUCUGAAGCGGUGAACUAUAUUUGCUGGGAUGCAACUGGAGAUUUCUUGGCAACUGUGAGUCAAAAUUUGGUGAAGAUUUGGACACUGGCCUCUGGAGAAUGCAUUCAGGAGCUUAGCUCAAAUGCAAACCAGUUCCAUUCUUGUGUCUUUCAUCCAAGCUAUUCAACUUUGUUGGUGAUUGGAGGGUUUUCGUCCUUGGAGCUGUGGAACAUGGCUGAGAACAAAAGCAUGACAAUUUCUGCACACGAGAAUAUAAUUUCCGCUUUGGCUCAAUCUCCUGUAACUGGAAUGGUCGCCUCUGCAAGUCAUGACUGCUCUGUUAAGUUAUGGAAAUAAUUAACAGGUUAUAGGCUCUCUUGUACUUACUCAAUUCUUUGAGUCACACCCUUUAUUAUGAAAGAACUCGGAGAUCUGUAUUGGAAGGAAAAAUUGGGUCUCUGAACAUUAUGCAAUAAUAUUAAUUAGUCUGCAAUAAGGUGUAAGUGUAAUGUCACAUAUAUACAAUUUUGCGCUAUAUUUAGUAUCAUAAGAACAAAGCAUGUGGCGAUUUUCGUAGUUCUAGUGACGAUUAUCAAAGUUGUUAAGGGAAAUGUUUGUCUUGUCGCUGAAGAUGUAAUUAUCCGACUAUUUGUGAUUGCUUGUAUUAUUAAUCUUGUUUUCUAUAAAUUGGUCUAUGGUAUU